AUGGCUGCAGCAUAUGGUGACCCCCGUCAUCUCCUCCCCACCAACUACAAGCGCCUCAUCAGCGCCUGGCUGGAAGAAGACUGUCCGAGUCUGGAUUAUGGCGGGUUCGUGGUGGGGGAGUCCGAGGGCGAGGCCCGGUUACUGGGGAAGAGCAAGGGAAUGGUAGCGGGUGUUCCCUUCUUCGAUGAAGUCUUCUCUCAACUCGGUUGCUCAAUUGAAUGGCACGUCAAAGAGGGUCAGCAGAUAUCCCCCAUAACCCACUGCGCCACCGUCCGCGGUCCCAUCCGCAAGAUCCUGCUGGGCGAGCGCGUCGCCCUCAACAUCCUCGCCCGCUGCUCCGGCAUCGCAAGCAAGAGCUCCACCCUCGUCGCCGCACUCCGAGCGCAAGGAUGGACGGGCACGCUAGCCGGGACGCGCAAGACAACCCCCGGCUUCCGCAUUGUCGAAAAAUACGGCAUUCUCGUCGGCGGCGCAGACCCGCACCGCCAUGAUCUGUCGUCCAUGACCAUGCUAAAGGAUAACCACGUCUGGGCCUGCGCGAACAAUACCGCCGCCGCAGAUGGAGGAAAGGCCCCCAUUUCAACGGAUGACGAAUCCAUUGCCGCGGCCAUUCCCCGCGCCGUGGCAGCAGCUAAAGCGGCCGGCGGGUUCGCGACCAAGGUCGAAGUCGAGUGUCGGAGUGUCGAGGAGGCGAAUGCGGCUAUCGGGGCCGGGGCGGAUGUGAUCAUGUUGGAUAACUUUACGCCAGAUGGGGUGCGCGCUGCGGCGGCGCAGUUGAAGGCCGAGUGGAAGGCGAAGCAGCGCAACUUCCUGAUCGAGGUGUCUGGUGGACUCACCGAGGACAACGCCGCGGCGUAUGCGUGUGCCGAUGUGGAUAUUUUGUCGACGAGCUCCAUUCACCAGGGGACGGGGAUCGUGGAUUUUUCGCUGAAGGUGUCGUUGCGGUAG